AUGACUUUUAUGACACAGGAACUUGAACCAUGUCUAGCUAGACUAGGUACUACACCUGAAGAUAAACCUUCAUUUGUCAAAGAAGUCUAUGCCAUCCAGGAUAUGGACACAUUACGCCAGCUUGUAGUACGAAAAGAGAGAGAAAGACAAACCAUCGCUAACGACCUUGAAGUAGCUGCUCGUAUUGGCUUGGUCAUCUCAGAAACCAAUGAAGCCAUACAGAUCAAGCUCGAGCAACUCGAACGAGAAAACAAACUCUAUCAAGAUGAACUCGCUAGACCUGAUGAUAUUGAAGAUGACCGUAUUUACCUUGCACAAGAACUCGAUCAAGCCCGUAGAGAACUCAACAAGUUUCGAAAAGAAAUGGAUGGUCUGUCUGCUCAAUUGAACGAUAUGGCGUCUGAAAUGGUCGAUUCGCGUCAAAAAGUAAGCAUUUAUGCAAAACGUCUGGCAGAAGUCGAACAGAAACUGGCAUCCACUCGCGAAGUCAAUACGAAUCUCCAGUGCUUGCUUGAUAAAGCAUUGACGUCUCAAAAACAAUCAAGCUCAAAUACAACCCACCUUGUUAAGAAUAUCCAAAUGGAUCUAGCUCGUGUUAUGGCUGAAAAUGAACAAUUAAGGGCACGCAUUGCUGAAUUGGAACACCAACAGGUUGAAUGUGAAGAAAAGCUAGCUGCCAUGGUCAUUCAGGCUCAAGAAUAUGCCACUCGAUUAGAGCAAGCACAAGAUACCAUUCAUAGUCUAAGUGAACCUAAAUUACAAGAAGAAGAGGACUUGAUUAGUAUGCAUCAUAACGGGUCUACUUAUUCUGUCUCUUCUCAUGAGGGUAGCAAAGAGACUGAAAUUACCAAGGGUCCUGUAUUUUCAGCAGAAUUCAGACAAGAAAUGCAAAAAGAAAUUGAACGCAAUCUCAACUUGCGAAAUGAAAUCCGUCAUCGUAUCAUUACAGCAGAUACAGCUUAUACAGACAAGAAGAAAUCACAAGAAGGCCUUAAAUACCUAGUUUCUUCAGAAAAAGAAAGUGGUGGUCUUGCCAGUCUAUCCACAAGCACUAGCACAUCCACAACAUCUUCUGUCUUAUCAACAGUCAAAAAAGAACCUACGCCUAUCCAAACAGAAGAAGAGCCAGGCAGAGGUCCUGUCCUUAGACCUGCUAGUUUUCUGACUGGUUUUGGUGGAUUCAAUGACCCUGGAUUGGGUAUUGCAGGUGGUAUGGCUAGCAGUAAUUUCAUUACCCGAGGCAUUCCCCCACGUACAUUUACUUCACGCAACAAUGAGCCUAGUAUAUCUACACGAUUCUUCCAACGAUUGGCUUCCAGACUGGACGAAUAUGAUAAAAAGAUGUCGUCCUCUUCAUCUUCUUCUUCUUAG